AAUGGCACAGAAAGCUACCCAUCUGGUGCCCCACACAGCACUUGUUUUACAUUGGCUCCAAAGCACCAUGGUGCACCUGCCCAACAAACUUUGUCUCCAUUUGCUGUGACUGCCGGCAAACUCAGCGUUGCUCCCGGUUCAAAACUAAAGCUUAUGGUGACAUCAACUACUGGAAUACCUUUCAAGGGUUUUGUACUGCAAGCACGAAAGUCAGAAGAUAGUGACUCUGCAAUUGGCGAGUUCACUGCACUGCCAAACCUCACCAAGGCUUUCACCUGUGCAGGAGGCUAUCAGAAUUCUCAGAAUACUGUUACACAUGCAGAUCCAUCAGAACGAGACAGCCUGGAGUUUGAGUGGGAAGCGCCUGACUUCUAUGAGGGUUCCAUAAUAUUUGUUGCUACUGUGGUGCAAGACUUCUCCACUUUCUGGGAAGGUGUGAAGUCUGCGCCUAUAAGUGUUGCAAAACGUGCAGUGGACAACAGUUCACAGUCAACAGGGAUCUCAACCACAAGACAACCGCUUGUUACAACUCUCAGGUCAACUGUCACUCCGCCUUCAGUUCCUACAACUCCGCCAAGAAGGGCGUCUGUUGUGACAGAUCCCAUCUAUAAUGGUUGUGGCACAGAGAAGACAUGUUUUGGAUUUCCGGGUGGCUGUGUGGAAACAAAGUCUUGCAGAGCGGUGGUAUCUUGCUUGGUUCAAGGAGACAGAUAUGAGUUUGAUAUGAAAGCAAGCAAUAGUGCUUAUGUUGCAGUGGGUCUCUCCCAAGAUGUGAAUAUGGGUGAUGACAGUGUUGUGGAAUGUGUACAUGAUGGCACAAGUGGUAACAGUGUAAAUGCUUAUAUGUCUUGGAACUCUGGAAAAGAAAACAGACGACUGAAGGUUCAAGAUGGAAUUUCUCUUAAAAAUUCUUCAUUUGUGGAUGGAACAAUUUACUGCAAAUUCAUGAGAGAUCCUAUUACAAAUGUUGAAAAUACAGAGUUUAAUUUGGCUAAGGACAAGUACCAUUUGUUGGUAGCAGCAGGAUCUAAGGUUCAUGGUGGCAAUGUGGGAUAUCAUGAUGUAGGACGUGCAGCAGCUGAAGUCAGUCAGUCCUUGGCUGAUGUCAGCAUAGCAUCUGUAUCUUCCAACUUGCUACUCAGACUUCAUGGGGCAUUCAUGAUUGGAGCUUGGAUUGGUGCUGCAGGAAUUGGAAUUUUGCUGGCGCGUUACUUCAAGCAGACCUGGGUUGGAAGCCAGCUUUGUGGAAAAGAUCAGUGGUUUGCUUGGCAUCGAAUGUUCAUGGUGUUGACAUGGGGGUUGACAGUGGCUGCCUUUGUUCUGAUCUUCCUCGAAUUGAAAGACUGGUCUGCCGAGGACAAUCCACAUGCAAUUCUUGGAUGUGCAACAACAGCACAAGCAUUUGUGCAACCAUUUGGAGCAGCUUUCCGACCACAUCCCGAUUCAAGACGACGACCCAUCUUCAACUGGCUACAUUGGCUUAUUGGAAAUGCGGCACAUAUUCUUGGCAUUGUGACCAUUUUCUUUGCCACAAAAUUGACAAAAGCUGAGUUGCCUGACUGGAUGGACUGGAUUCUGGUUGGUUAUGUGGCAUUCCAUGUUGCUGUUCAUCUUAUCUUAUCGAUUGCAAGCAUUGCCAGUGAGAGAAACCAUAGCAAGAGAGUGAAUUCAUUUCCUAUGAAGGAGAUGACCUCCAGUCGCAGUCCACUACACUCUUCUGAGAGGAAGCAGGAUUCUCCUGUGAGUCUGCUUUUCUGCAGCCUUCUAAUACUUUCAGAGCCAAGUACUACCUGGGAUGAUUUCAAUAUUCUUCUGCCACUCCCUGAUUCUUAUUUUACAUUACCUCUCUGUCUCUUUAUUCUUCUUUGUGGAUAAGGCUCAUAGCCAUUU